AUGUUGUCCCAGCCCACCGCAUGGCCAUCUAGUUCAUCAUUUCACUACAAUUCAUUGCAUAAUAAUGUGCUACACAGCACCUGGCAGCUGGACAGCUUCUCCGACCUUGACUUCGAGCCUAGCUCUGAUUCCAACUCCGGGCCUACCCCCGAGGAUGGAACCACUCUUGCUCAUUACAAUCCAGCACCCGCACCUGCUGAAAUUCUUUAUAUGCUGGAUUAUGAGGACGAUGAUGUAAGGACACCUGUCUAUGUGAUUGACCCAUGUGGAUUUUGCGGACAGUCAGGCCAUCCGGUAAAACUCGUCAAGCAAAAACGAACAUUUCAGCCACAAUCCUCGUGUCCCCAGGCAAUAGUGUUCAGUCUCAGCGCAGCUGUAAACAGCUCAAAGGCAUCCCCAUCAACAAAUGCAUCAAUUCGCUAUGAACUAUGCCCAACAUCAUCGGGUGACCGUGCUGUCUUCUGGAAAUACAAUGUCCACCAAGAAAUCGAAAUCUCGCGCCUUGAGAAGGAGUGCCUCGGGAUACCACCAGAUUUGAUUGACAAUGCUGGGUCUGAAGUUCAUCCUCAGGACGACUCGAAUGCAACUGCUACAGGGAGUGCUAGUAGUAGUCAAAACUCGUCAGUGACGCGCAAACGACAGACACUUCAAGGUAACGCUGGUUCCAAGCGCUCGAAGAAGGCUUAA